UUGGGCCAUAAUGAGCACGUACCAUAAGAUUUAAGUGGAAAUCGUAACAAUUGUAAUUUGAUAUAUUUACUCGUACUCGUAUGUGCAUGUGUCUACUAUGUGUUUUUUAUGUAACUGACUGUGUAUAUGUUCGUAUGUAUGUGUGUGUAUAUGACAUAUACAUACAUACCUAUACUGAAGCAAAUUCAACGUCUAACGAAAUACUAUACAUAUAUAUUAUAUACAUAUAUACUAUAUAUAUGAGAAAGCAUAUUAUACUAUAUGUAAACCGAAUAAAGUGUAAAGUAUUUAUCGUUGUAAUUGCAAUUACUUUUUAUGAGCCAACAUUUAUGUAAUAGACAUCCCUGACUCCUUAAUAUCUUUCUUAAUUAUUUAAGUCUAUAGAUUACAGACGUGAACUUUGGCAUACUUAAUGAUGAACAGCUUGUCAUUGAUUCCCGAAACUUUCAUUGCAAUCAAAUGAUCUUUUGAGAUAAUCAUCUGGCACUAGCUCAAGCAAGACUGACUGAUUGACUGCCAGUUGGCAGCAUUAUCAAAGCAAAGGGUCGCGUGGGCAAGGUCAGGUCAACGCGCAUAAUUGUGGGCCAUUUAUUGAUUCAACAUUUGGCCAGAGAUUGUGGCAUUGCCAGGACGACGACUACGACAAGCCAAGUCAGGCGGCAGGCAGCAGGCAGCAAAUGCCAUCAUAAUAAAUCUAUAUAAUAAUCAUUUGCGGUUUUAUGGCAAACCGCGACGCACUUAAGCAGUCAGUAAAUUUGUGGGAACACGCCACAUCGACAUGGCCAGCGCAGCGAGAAAUUGGUCGGGUUUGGUUACGCUUUGCCUGGGCCAGGAACGUGAGAAGAGGCAGGUGAGCAGCCAGCGCGCAUCCCUGACCAAGUCGAAUGUGGCCGCCGCCUUGUGUGCUCCUCCAAAGACUGCCAUACGGUAUCUGCCCACGUAUCGGCUGGAUCCGAAGAACCCCUUGAAUAAGGAACGCUUGGAAAUUGCCAUGAAGGAAAUCAUGCAUAGGAAUUACAACGAUGAGUACUUGUUUCAUCCCAAACAAUCGUAUCACUUGGCUGCCCAGGUCAGCGAAGAGAUCAAGAGCACCAUCAAAUUGUUCAAUUUCGAUAGAUAUCGAUAUAUUGUGUUAGUAACGCUUGGAGAGCUGAUGACUCAGGGUCUUUGCUCCAUGGUGAACUUCCUAUGGGAUGCCGAUAAAGAUGGAUAUGUUUCAUACGCCAUCAAGACACCGAAAUAUUUCGCACUCUGCACCAUAUUUUACUUGUACUUAGAUUGAUAACUGAAAGUUUCAUAUAUAUAUUUGUAUAAGAAUGCAGGAAAUGUGUAGUAACUCAAUGUCGAUAAGAUUCUAAGAAUAAAAGCAUUACGUUUGAAAAAAAUUGAGUU